CGCCAAACUACAUUACCCAUGAUUCUUCGGUGUCCUGUGGGUGAUGGAAGCGAAAGCGAUGAAGAGGGGGCUAGUUGGCUUUACUUGAUUAAAUCUUGAUUUUAUCAAACGACCGCUGUCGUUUAAUAAUUUCUAAAAUAUCGCAGUUAUUGGAAAACUUUUUAAGAUUUAAACUACGUGUAAACGUCGGCCGGGCCAUUUCUGUCAAAGCGCGAAUCUCCUAAAACAAGAAACAUCCAGUAAAUGGCAGACUGCGAAAGAUAAACAAUGAGGGUUUUUCAACCACCAGCACACUAAGUUCCCCGAGAGAAGACGUCUGAUGAAAAAUUACUGUAACGUUAAAGAUCCUACAGCCGACAUGGAAGACAAGGCAAAUGGAUCAGUUGACACCAAAAGCCCAGUGGAGAAUGGUCAGCUGCCGGACCCUUCCAACUGGGCGGUUGCUGAUGUUGUCAAUUAUUUUAAAGCAACAGGGUUUGAGGAGCAAGCCAUGGCUUUCCAGGAUCAGGAAAUUGAUGGUAAGUCCCUGCUCUUGAUGACGCGUAACGAUGUCCUGACGGGGCUGUCGAUAAAGCUCGGCCCCGCACUGAAAAUCUACGAGUAUCACGUGAAGCCGCUGCAGACUCAGCACCUGAAAAGCAACGCCUCGUAGCGCCACACGCCGUCCCAGCACCCACUUCUGUGACAAUCAUUGUGUCAGGAGACCCCAGGUUAGCUGUCGUUUCACAGAGACUUUUCAGCCCACAGUGGCUCCUUAACAGGAUUUGAAUGCUGUAUUUUUUUCUUUUUGUUUGUUUGUGUUCUUUUUAUAUGAGCGUGGACCCCAAAAAUGGGUUGCACACAGUGUCCACUCAGCCGUUUACCCUUUCAGCCAUUCUUAUAUCUGCUGCUUGAGAUAUGUAUUUUUUGUGUUUUUAUUUAAAAGAAGAAAAUUUGGUGAAAAUACUCUGCAGGUAUGGUUUUUGUGUGUGUGUGUGUGUGUGUGUGUGUGUGUGUACGUGUGUGAGUGCAAAGUGAAUAAACCCAUGAAGGUUUAAAAGAAAAAAAAGUAUUUGUAUAUAAGAUUAUAUAGUUGAAAACUGUGUAUGUUCUGUCGUAUCUAAAGACUUUGAUACAUGCAGAUAAUGAUUCUGGUGCGAUGCCCUUUUUUCCCCCUGAAAGUUUCUAUGUUUUAAAAUGUGCAUCUGAGUCAGUGAGUCGACUUUAGCAUGUGACUGUGAACCAUUUUGUUUUCCCAGACACAAGGACCCGAGCAAAAGCCACCUUGUUCCUGAACACCUACAUUUUUCAGGCUUGAGACUCUUGAUAUGGAAAUAUUUAUGUGUACAUACUAUCAUUAUUAUUAUUAUUAUUAUCAUUAUUAUUAUUAAUAUUAUCUAUCAACCUGUGGUGCUUUCAGCAUUGUCACACAGACAACUGUUCAAAAGUGUGUAUGACCAAUGUACAUGUGCAGCAUAACACUGGAGUUUGAAUAUCCGAAUCAGAGAUUUGCAAUAAAUGGUGCUCUUUUCUCACCAAAGAUCAAUGUUAGCUUAUGAAUUUAUCAACAGCCGUUGUCUUUUGUUUCAUUUUAUUUGGGUUCACAUCACAUCAUCACGAGCUUUAGUCAGGCUACAAAUAUUAACUUGCUGUUGUUGGAAUAUUCAUCUGAAAGGUUCAUUCAGAUGGACCUUUCUGUUAAACGGCCCACUCAGAUUGUUGUUUAAAUCCCAGCAGCACCUUCUUUCUAUGGGCGCCA